AUGUCUUCCCUUCCUACCAUUCCAAGCGCUCCAACCAACAAGGUGAUCGUGGCAGGUGUGGCGUACCUACUGGGGUCGUUGGCGAUCAGUGCGCUGUACUUGACGAUACUGGCACACAGCGCCGCCAAUGACUUUUGGUGGCGCCAUUUCAACACGACCGGCGACCAAACGUACCUCGCCGACGUGUUCAAUUCUAGAGCUCUCUUCCAAACUACAUCUUCGUCGUUCAUGUCACCAGCCGAACCGCUCGAUUUGGUGGGCGAAGCCAUGCUCAAGGAUUACUCGGGGGCCAACACGUUCGUGGACACGCGGCCGACUUCUGUCCGUCGGUGGAUGCUCAAAGCGCUGCCGCUCGACGUGGCCGUGACCACACUGCGCAAAAACAGUUUGUUUGAGAGCUUUUACACGGUGAUUCCGUACUGCUGGGUGGAUUUCACUCGGCGUUUCGAGCUGGCCCACACCGCCGGCCGGCAACGCCGCUGCGACCGCGAGUAUCAGACGAACGCGGCGGUGCACCUCGAGUCGUUGCUCCGAAACGUGCAGACCGUCGACCUCUUGCAGUCGUCGGUGGGGUCGAAAUUCAACCAGUCGAUCUUUGCCUCUUUGUACACCUUGGUUGGGGGCGCCGACUGGAUGGCGGCAGUGACCACCCAUACAUGGCUCUCAAUCCCCGACGAAGUCCAACUGUGGCAUGCCGCGGGGCUGACUGAGUACACUAUUGAGUACCAGAACCGGUUCCAAUACGGCGUCGAAGACAGUGUCGAGGUGGUCAACGCCCUCGGCACCCCCCAGACUUUAUCGAUUUCGUCCAGUCACUACGUCGCACGGGGGCUGUCGUCGUGGAGCACGGUGCGCAUGAAUGUCGGCAUCUGGAACGACAUGAACUGGUGCAUGUACUACGGGUGCAGUUUGGUGCGCCAGGCGAAUCGGACGCUGGAAAACAUCGGCCUCGACUGGGACCUAGCGUACAACGGCGCCGUGUCGUCCCCUGGCAUGAUGGUGGUGCGGGCAGCCAUCGGUCCCCUCAUGAACUGGGACUCCAGGUGGAUCCGCCCCCCCGUCGUGUUAUUGGAGCUCGUGCAGUCGUUCCAAAGGACAUUGCGAGGGCAACUCAAACAAAAAUCGAAUGACGCAAGUUCUUUUCUCGGCCUGGGUGGAGUGGUCGCGGUGGACGUCGAGCCUCCGGCGUGGUGCACGCCAUCUACUGCCUACCUCGGAGGAAAUCCGUUGUGUCCGAUCUUCCCUCCCAAGUCGUUCGUGCAAGCGCCGUUUUCGUACGACGACAGUUGCCAAGUGCAGGCGCCGUUUGUCAUUCCCUUGGACAAGGUGAAUGCUGUGUUUGCGAUGGUGAUGAUGAUGUGGCAGGCAAGAGAACUACUCCCCACACCGGACCAGACCGUUAACGCGACUGCUGCCGUUGCGAAUCCGACUGCGAUUUGCACGCAGAGUCCGUCCAACGCGGGUAUCUGUACAUCCGCCCUUCAAAACGCUACUGCCCUCGCCCUCGCUCUGCUCGACCACACGCCCGAAUGGCUCGCCACGCCCACUCAAUCAACCGAGCUCGUACAACUCAUCCAGACCAUUCGUGCAUUCAACAUCUCGUUCGUCCAGAUGGCAAUUCAACAAGGAGCAUUUGUCCUCCUCACGCAGUCGAUUCUCGAUCCUCCGUCUAGUAUUACUAGCUGGUCGUUCUUUGGGUGGGCGACUCUCCUAGACUGGGUGGACGGAACCCGCGAAGUCCUACAGAUCGAAGGGGACCGCGGCCGCCUCAACCUCCUCUCGGACCGGAUGCCCACAGAGCCGUUUGCGGCUAACCCGCUGGAGCUGCCUCGCAAAGCGUGCUACUACUUCUGGUACAUUGCCGUGUACAUCACGGUGCUGUCGGGUGUCGUCUCAGUUGUGUGCUUCGCAUAUACCAAGCAGGGGUUCCAAGGCGGUUACGACGGCCGACAUCUGUUUCAAUACCACCGCGUGUUCGGCAGCGUCUGGGUAGGCAGGCCGCUGCUGUUUGUACGGGGUAUCUCCGCGCUCUUCAUGCUCGCCACCGCGACCCCCCGCCUCAUGUCCCUCCCGUCUGGAAUCACAUUCUACCAAGACGACCCUCGCAGCUUUCUGGAGCGAGUCGUGCUGUCUGGCGAGGCGCUGUGGGUCGAGUACGUCCUCGUCGACUUGUUCUUGCCUUGGACGACGGGGCAUAGCGCGAAGAUAUCGAGUCCAAUUGCCAGUGCUGUCGCUUUCAUCGGAACGCUAUGUUUGGAAUCCAUCGCUCCGGUGCAAGUCCAGACGACAUUGGAUCGAAAUUGCGUGGUUAUUUCCUUCAGACAAGGGAUCACUUGCACCAGCGGAGUGGUGCAAGUGGGGAGUUUUCCCCGCGUUUGCUGGCUCUUGGGGAUUCAAGCGGGGGCAUUUGCCCUGGCUGUCGUCGUCACUCUGCUCAUCCGACGAUCGUCCAGCUCCGUCUUCCCUCGCCAGAAUUCCGGCAAGACAACGUACCACCACGCAUUAAUUCCAGCCGCGGCCGACGCCUUCCUCCUGCCGCCCGCAACUGCCAUCUUUUCGUCUGAAUAUUGGCACUUAGAUCCCGUCAUGUGCAUUUUGUCGGGGAUGGUGCCGUUCAAUCAAACGUACCUGUUCGAUUUGAAGCUGUGGAUCGUCACGACGCGGGAUCCAGCAAUUCCGUCCGGCCAGUCGUUCGGGUCAACGUUGUUUGCCCCGACGCCGCAACAAAUCACCCCUGGCCAUAGACCCCCCCCUAUGACAAAACAAAAAGGCGUCGAAUUUACCAGUCGUCACGCGUGGCUCGGCACACUGAGCUUGGUUUAUAUGUGCGGGUGCAUUGGCGGCAGCUAUGCGUUCAUUCAGCUCACCGCGUCUGCGAUGGACAAUGACUUUUUCUGGGCUGGGUUCGACAUCAAUACGUUGACGCACAUGACCAAUUUGUACUCGCGGGGACUCCAGGAGGAGAUUGAUGCCGACACCAUCGACACCUCCAUCGUUCUAACCGACCCCCAGUAUGGCGCCUUGACUGGCACAAUUAACACAACGGCCACCACAACGUUGAUUCCGACGCUGUAUGCUACGUCCAUCCAAGAUGAAGCGAAUACGUUGGUGAAUGUCAUUACAAGCUUGCGGCACAUGGAAAAUGGGUGCAAUGUGCCAUGGAUUAUGACGUCGUACUGUUAUGUGGACUUUGAAAGACGGUGGGAGAUGGGGCGAACGUCCAACCAACAAGCGCGGUGUUUAUCCGACGAAACUGGCAACGCCGCCGUGUACGUUGAGGCGUUUCUAAGAAACGUGCCGUGGAACACGUGGACGCAGUGCUGGGGCGACGCAUUCGCCACGACGUUGCUUGCCUUCCUCGACACCUCCAUCGACGGCCGGCAGUGGGUCGCCUCCACCACCGCCCACGCCACCUCCCCAGGCUCCGUUCUAGACGAACUAUCUGUCUGGACAACCAAGCACGGCCUCAACCGGUACACUACCCAGUGGCAGAACUACAAGUCCCUCGGAAUUAUCGAGUCGUUUUCCGUGCAAAAUGCGUUUGGGUGGAGGUACCCCCUCACGCUCAAGUCGUCCAACGGGUCGCUCCAACUCGCAGUGCAAACGACGUUCAAAAUGCUCUGGCCAUUCGCGGUCGACUUGUUGAUGUCGUCAAACAAUUCUGGCAGUCUUGUGCGACAGGCUGCCACGUAUGUGUAUGCCAACACGACCGUCGAGUCGUUUCUAGUCGCUGCCGGCAUAGUUCCCCGUCCAAUCAGCUCUGCACUCGCCCUCCUCCAGACCACCCUCGGGCCUCUCGGGACCAUUCACCUCAAGCGCCUCCCGUGUCCGAAGGUUCUGCGGGUGCUGCACCGCGACCUGUCGCACCGCCUCACGAGCCUCCUCGCGGCCACAAGAGAAAGCCAGCAGCGUUUCUGGCCCAUCUACUCGUCGUUUACGUGGCAAGUGCGCCCGACGGCGUGGGACGGAUUUGUCCUCGGCGGUGGCAGCCUCAUGUGCGACAUCUGGACGUCCCUCACCGUCGACGACCGCCCGGCCAUGUGGUUUACUUCCAAGGGGUCGUGCAACGCGGGGCUCCAGGAGGUUCUCAUCAGCGACACCCUUCGCGUCAUGAUGGCCACCGUCGCCGUCAUGGGCCCCACUCUGGAUGUGUUCGCGGUCGCCCGACGGGAAGUGACGGCGCCAGUUGCCAACAUUGCGCUACUCUUGAACCAAUCGGUGGCCUUCUUGCGGACGUUUGAAUCCACGUGGCAGCUCGACGAUUGGCUCCGUCGCACCCAAGUCGUUCAGACUACGAUACGAGACGAAAUUCAUCUGGAUUUGGUGCAGUUCGUUCGGCCUCACAACCCCCCGACGUCCGCGUUUGCCCUGUCCCAAGUGCGCUUGUUUGAUGGAUCGGACCCCCAUUUCAACCUGUUUGCGUGGCUGUACUUGUUUGAUUGGGUCCAGGGCAUCCGCGAAGUCGUGACUUUCCAAGGCGACGUUGGCGCGAUCACGACCCUCUCCACGAUCAAUAGUGCCACGGAGAUGCACGUAAAUCCGAUGGAAGUGCCUCUGAAUGUGGCGUUUUACAUGCAGUGGCUGCUGCAGUACAUCACGUUUGUCAUGCUGGGCGUGGCGGUUGUCGUGUGCGUGUAUAUCGUCGCUCUCAAAGGCCAAGUGGAGGCCGCCAACAUGCUCUCGUUCAGUCGCAUCACGUCGCUAGUAUGGAUCGGCCGGCCGCUGAUCUUAUUGCGGGCGUUUUGUGCUAUUUGUCUGCUCUCAACGUCGACCCUCCAGCUCGUCCGCCCUUUGGACGGUCUUGUGGCGUACUUUGAAUCCAUUCCAACGCCGUGGUUCACGGUCGUGCUAACUGCAGGGGAGCUCAACUGGAUGACGUUUAUCGUGAACGACCUCUUCUCCGUCCUGACGUUGCACCACACGGCCACGUACUCUGGCCACAGUUUUAUCGUGGUGUGGAUAUCGUCCGUCGUGUGGGCCCUCGCGAGCCCCAUCGCCCCCAUCGCGACCAUAUCCAGAACCUGCGACGUCGACGCCUUGGACUUUCAACUGGUGUGCCAUGGCGGCCUCGUAGAGAUCGGUCUCGUGUCGCGCUUCGGGGGGCUCAUUGGGCUCGUGGGGGGGUCGUGCGUCGUGUGCUACCUCGUCGAACGGAUCCGCCAGCCGCUGAAACGGACGACCCGGACACGUAGUUUGGUGAUGGAACCUUUGACCGACUCGUCGUUUUUCUUGUACGCGACAGCCAAGCACCAUUUUCACACCGACAAGUGGGAGUACGAUGACGUGAAGUACGUGGACCGGGCGUCCGCUGUGCUCACGGGCAUCCUCACGGUCCACUGGAACGGCGUGCUGUUUGCAUUUGACAUCAAAACAUGGCGCAUGUUCGGGAUCCAAGACAGACCACGACGCGACGACGAUAUGCCACGUCAUAUUGCCAUUGCCAUGCGGCUGGUGGGGUAA